UCAAAUAUUUCAUAGGCUUCCGUUGAAUUUUUAAUCAUUUUAGUUAUUUUCAUCAACUACUAGUCUUGUACUAUUCACAGUCAACGGUCUUGGUUUUGUGAUCAUAUCUUUAUAAAUAUGAUUGCCUCAUGCUGUCCAUUCUCAUCUUUGGGUGGAUAAGGUGUUGAUCCUACAGUACUACUCCAUGUAGGAAGAUUUCAACUUUUCUCUUUCCGUUGUUUAUCUUUCAGAUUACUGGCUCAGUCUUUUUAUAUCCUCAUCGCCUGCAUACACAGUUCAUCCUUUGUAUUGUUGCAGUGGGAUCUGAUUUCUGUUUUCUUGGUGUUGAAAGCUUUCAGUUUCAGAAAUGGCGCAAUUUGGUGGAAAUCCCUUCUUCAGUUGCAGAAAUUGCCAAAAUCCUCUUGCGCUGCGUGAUGAUCUUGUAUCUAAAAAGUUUGUGACAAAAUCGGGGGCAGGAUAUAUGUUCUCUCAUGCAAUGAACAUCAUUGUGGGACAAAAGGAGGACAGGAAGUUGAUGACUGGCGUUUUCUCUAUAGCUGACAUAUUUUGCAGCAACUGUGGGGAGGUCUUGGGUUGGAAGUACGUUCGAGCUUAUGAAAUAUCUGAGAGGUACAAGGAAGGCAAAUUUAUAAUUGAGAGAGCAAAGAUUGCCAAAGAGUACUAAUAGUAAUUCCCCCCCAUUACAAUUUACAAGGCACUUUGCUGCUCAUAAUAAUUCCAUUUGGAAACUCUUUUUUCACUUGUUUGUUUGUUGAGAAAUGUAGAUUCUCAUCUUUUUUAUAUUUAUAAUUUGGGACAAAUUUGGAUUCGGAGGCGCAA